CGAGACAGGGGCCGACGAUCCAUGGAGACGGACGCCUGCGAGAUUGAGCGCCUGCCGGAUGAGCUCCUCGCGGCGGUGAUCUCCCUCACGACGCCUCCCGACGCCUGCCGCGCGGCCGCCGUCUCUCGGGCCUUCCUCGCCGCCGCGGACUCCGACGCCGUAUGGUCCCGCUUCUUGCCCCGGGUCCUCCCGUCAUUCGCCCAAGGGGAGCUUCCCUGCGCGCCGCCCUCCAAGAAGGCGCUCUUCCGACGCCUCUCCGACGAACCGGCCCUCCUCCCGUGCAAACUGGUGAGCAUGCGUCUAGACAGGGCUACGGGCGCCAAGUGCUACACGCUCUCAGCAAGGGCCCUGCAUAUUUCGUGGGGCGACAAUCCGAACUACUGGGUAUGGAUCAACCUCGGUUGUGAUGAGAUCAAAACAAACAAAAGCUUCAAGGAAGCAGCUAAACUCCGGGGGGUUUGGUGGCUGGAAAUCCGUGGCAAGAUUCACAGCAUGCUCCUAUCCCAAAACUCAGCAUAUGCUGCUUACAUGGUGUUCAAGCUAGCAGACGACGGAUUCAGCCAGCUGGAUUUCCCGUUUCAGGAGGCAUCGAUAAGCGUUGGAGGGAGCGAAUCAACACGGCAAACUUGCCUCCAAGGAUACAUGAAGGUUGGAGAUAACGGAGUGCCUCGUAAACACCUAUUGGUAUCAAGGACUAGGCAUUUUACAUUACUUGGUCCGCGUCUUGAUGCAGAACCUCUCACAAAUGACAUUGUGCUCCCUCGGAAAAGGGCCGAUGGCUGGAUGGAGGUGGAGCUAGGCGAGUUUUACAAUGAGGAAGGUGAUGAUGGUGAGGUGUCUGUCAGCCUGAUGGAGACAAAAGGAGGAGUUUGGAAGGAUGGUCUUGUUUUGUGGGGCAUCGAAAUUAGAGCUAAGCAAUGAUGCCGAUGAGCUUGUAGACUUAAGAAGAAUCAUGGUACAUUUAUAUCUACAAAAAACAAUGUCAAUACUAUGAAUCUUCUGAGAAAUAGUUGUUGAAAAGAUGCAUGUUGUUUUGAGUUGUCGCUAGUAAAACAUUUCUUUACAUCAAGUUCUUUGUUGUUGCAAA